UAACGACGCGCAAACGCCACCCAAUCCUGUGCCUCUUUUUGAUGCCCCAGUAUACACACGCAUUACAGCCAUGACGGAACGCGCAACUAAGCGGCUACGGCGAAUCAGCACCGAGUACCAGGACUCUGGAGACGGGACGGUGAACAGCGGCUAUGCCAACAGUGCCCCCCCUCCCGCGCCCUCGACUCGCCCGCGACGCGGCGUCGCCAACCAGACACCCGCCGCCGUCGUCAUCCAGCGCUCCUCGCCCGAAGAGAGGCGCCAGUCGAUUCACCUCACCGUCAAGUCGUCCCCCGGCAGGCUCAGACAGGCCACCAGUGGGCCCCCGGUUGCCAAGGCUAGCGUCAGCCGUCAGAACAUCGUGUCGGGCAAGCGCGCCUCGCGCAACAGUAGAGUUGUGCAAGAGGCUGACAGCGAAGACGAGGACGAGGAUGAGGAUGAGGCUGAGGAGGCAGACGCCAUGGACCUUGACGAUGACGAGGAGGAGGGGGAUGUAGACGCUGACGCCGACGAGGACGACGACAUGGACGCUGAGGGCGACGAAGACGACGACGUCGACGACAGUAUUCUGCCAAACAUAGUCGUCUCAACAAAGCAGAGCAUCCCCGUCAAGCCGGCGCUCAAACUCACCAAAGCACAAGACGCCGUCGAAGCCAAGGAAAUGGGCCUGGACGACGAUGACGACGACGAGCUUAGCGACCCGGACUCUGAUCUCGAGGGCGAGGAAGAGGACGCCGAGGGCGAAGACGAGGAUGCAGAAGGGGAGGAUGACGACGACGAAAUGGUUGCAGCCAAUGACGACGACGUGGAGAUGGACAGCGACGAGGACAUGAGCCGUGACCAGACGCCAGACCUCAGCAAGCUGACGCGACGUCAACGCGCGCUGGUCAACGAAGAUAGUGACGGUGGCCUCAUGGCUCUGUCGAACGAGGCGCAGAAGAAAAAGCACUUCACCGCAGAGGAAAACGCCAUGCGCAGAGCGGAAAUGGCUCGGAGACGGAAGAACUUGAGCGAGAAACGGCUGGAGGAGGAAAAGGCCGACACCAUCAAUCGUCUCCUCAAAAAACAGCCCCCAAAACGUGGACGUAAAUCUAUGGGCAUCACAGAGUCUGGCCAGGAUGAGGACCUGGAGGUCGACCGAGCGAAUCCGUUGUUUGUUCGCUAUGUUCAGAACGCAAAGGGCACACAGCUCGCCGUUCCUGACGAGUGGCUCCAAGCGCCUGUGGGCAGCUUGUUUGCGGGACCGAGUGUCCCGUCUUCGAAGAACCCAUUUAGUGGGCGUAUGGUGGAGGAGGUGGCAUGAUGGGGUUGUAUUUGUAGAGGUAUGUAAUAGACUUUUGAGAGGCUUCUAGUGCCCCAACAUCCAAUCUAUUCGAACUUGGAAUAAAACGACGAG